CCCAGCUAGACAAAGCUUUAGCUGGGAUGAUCUAGUUGGGGCUGGUCCUGCUUUGAGCAGGGGGUUGGACUAGAUGUGACCUCCUGAGGUCCCUUCCAACCCUUAUUUUAGAUGAUUGUAUGGAGUUCACCCAGGAGACAUGGGACAAUGGUAGGGGUCUAGAAGAGGGUAGAUCCCCCCAGCCCCACACCAUGCUGUUCUGAGGCAUGCAGAAUGUUUUUUUUUGUAAUACCUGCUUGCUGUCACUUGUGAUGCACUAGUAUCUGAGGUCUGUGUCCUGGGUGGUGGUUGCUACCCAUCUUCCAGUGUCCAAAGGCAACUCAGAAAAAACAACUCAGAUUCAUGUUUGGUGGUGAAAGCUCAGACAGGUUUAUUGUCCUUGGACAGUCCAGCAGCUUGUAUGAUGAACAGUCAGUCCAAUACAGUGAUGCUUGUCCUUGACAGGUGGAGACACCUUAUGUGAUUCACACUCCCCUCAGCUUCUGUACAAGGGACAGGUCUCCCAACCUCUGUAUUGAUGCUGGCAUGCCCCCUGUCUUCUCUCUCUGAUGUGCAUCUCAAAUUGUUUCACUUGCCAUGUCUCCACAUCUACAUUUUGGCUCUUGUGAUCUGUCUCAUUGCAGAGUUCUUUUUACAUUCACCCUCCAGUUUUUCAGCUGCUGUGUUGUCCUCCCUGCUUUGAAUCAGCAUAUUUUUGCUCAUUAGUGUUUUCAUUUUUUUCUUGCUUAUCUGGUCAUCCAGCGGUCAUGAGGCCCCUUUCUCCCACACUGUAGUUUGCUAUAGCUUGGCAUAACUGGCCUACCACAACUGGAAUGCCUAUACCUGCUAUUUGUCUCAUUUCAGCCCAAGCUCUUUUACAAAGACUGGCUACAUAGGGCAGAACCAUCAGAAGCACAGAUGCAGGAUGGGGAAUGACAGUCUGGGCUGCAGCCAGAGCAUGGGGGUUAUAGUGGACCUUGCCUUGAACAUGGAGUCAGCCAUGAGCUCCUGUUGCAAAAGAAAAACCAGUAGCAGACUGGGCUGGAUGAACAAGUCUGUUGCCUAUGAGUCAAGUGGUUCUGCUCUAUUCAGCACUGGGGAGGCCUCCCUUGGAGUCCUGUGACCAGUUUCACACCUUGCACUUCAAGAAGGAGGUGGACCUAUGGGAAUAAGUCCAGGGGAGUGCGACCAAAAUGGUGAAAGACCUGCAGAGCAGGAAUUAUGCUUGGAAGACCUGUGAGAGUCCAGAGAAGAGAGAACCUGAAGUGGGGUUUGAUGACGGUCUUCAAACGCCUAAGAACAUAAGAACUGCCGUGUACUUCAUCAGACCUUAGGUCCAUCUUGUCCUGGCAUCUGUGUCACAUACAGCAGAGGGUAGAUGCUGAAAUGGAGAGUGAGCUGGGUCUGAGCAGUGUUUUUCCCCCACAGCUGCCUGUGCCCUGCCAUGGGUCUGAGUAGGGAUUUUCCUCCUGUUCCUCUUUCUUGCAGCCUCCGUCACUUGAGAUCUAGGAAGUUCUGAUUCAGAGGCCAUAUCCUUAACUCCCACAUGCUCCUGAUGCUCCUUUUCUCCAAGAAUGUAUCCCAUCCCUUUGUGAAUCUGGCUGAACUCUCAGCUUCCACUACAUUUGGGACAAGUUCCACCCCUUAAUGCUGUGCUGGGUGGCAAAGAACUGCCUUGUGUUUGCUUUAAACUUAACGACUUACUGGUUUCAUGUCAUGACCCCCUGUUCUUGUAGGUGAAAGAUGGUCAAUAAUAAAUCCCUACUGUCUUUCUCUUCGCCAUUUAGUAUUUCAAAAACCCUUCUCGUGUCCCCCCUCAAGCAUCUCCUUUCUACACUGAACAGCUUUGGUUUUGUUAGUUUUUUCUCAUAUGGAAGCCCCUCUACACUGCUAAUCAUCUUUGUUGCCUAUCUCUGCACCUUCUCUAGUUCUAUCUCCUUUAGGAGGUGCAGGGACCAGAGCUGGGCAUGGUCUUCAAGGUGUCGCUGCCCCAGGGAUUUAUAAAAGGGCAUCAGGAUACUGUCUGCUUUGUUCACAGUCCCCUUCUUCAUCAUCCCUAACAUGUUGUUUGCCUUUGUGGCAGCUGCUCUGAAAGAUGCUUAUAAAGAGGACAGAAAUGGACUGUUCUUGGUGGCUGCAGGGACCAGGGAUAGGAGUCAUGGAUUGAAAGAGCAACAAGGGACAUUAAGCUGGGAGAUUAGGAAGAACUUCUUGGCUGUGAGGCUGGUCCAAUGUUGGAACAAGCUGCCUAACGAGGUGUGGACUCUCCCUCUUUGGGAGUCUUUAAAAGCAGGUUGGACAGACUCUUGGCUGAGAUGUUUUGCCAUGGAGCUAAUCCUACCAUGAGUUGAGGCUUAGACUAGAUAGGACCUCUGGAGUUCUCUGCCAGCCCUGUAUUGUUGUGACCUUUUGGGUCUGUCCUUGUCUAUAAUCCAGUUAGCAGCAGAGCUGGAAGUUGAGCUCUGGGGCCCUUCACAGCUCCAGACAGUAAACCAUCACUCUGGGCCUGCCAUUGCCUUCCCUUCUCUGAGCAACGUGUCACUUCUUGGCUACAGCAGAGACGUGGGGCUGUGUGGUGAAGCUGUUCUAGGCACACAGGCUUCUCCAGAAGUCCCCUCCCUCACUGCCUGUGGCCUAGCCCUUUCCCAUCUCCAGGGUCAGUGUUUGAGAGGCCUCUUCCCAGCAACCAGAUCCCAACCUGCACCUGAGGCAGCGAUUCCCUGGCAGGUGCAGCAGAGGGAUCGGAAACAUAGAGCCUUGUGAACACAGAAGGGAUUUAUGCUAACCAUUGACAUUGGGUAUGAAGCAGGGGUUCCACCAGCCACUGCUGAAGGGCCUGGUAGUGUAGCCAGGAUGCUGUGGCUCUCCGAUCAGGGAUGCUGCCCACGGAAGCUUGCAGAGAAGGGCCCAAACUGAAGGAAUUGAAGCAAGGGUUUAAUUUUGGAGAUCACUUCAGACACUGCCUUCUCCCAGUCACCCUCCACUCCUUCUGCAGCCUGUCUAGACUUUGAGAUCUGUAGGGUAGUGGUUGUGAAGGCUGUUCACGGUAUCACAGGUCCUGAAUCUCAGAGCAGGCAGACGGGCAAGGCCUUCAGGGGGUCAUAUUUAGUCCAGCCCAGUCAGUCCAGCUGCUAUCUAGUCAUGGGCUUCUGGAGAGGCCAGGUGUGCUAGCAGAUGAGCCCUGGGUCCCAGCUGAGGCGCACAAUGUGAGCUCAGGGUGGCACACCAGAUCCUGUACCUCCCUUAUUUGCUGCUCACACAUACCCUGGGUGGGGAUUUUGGCAGCAGGUGUAUGUGGCAGGUGGGGAAUAGGGCUGUGGAAACAUUGCCUAUCAAAACUCCCUAUGUGGCUUUCAGGCCCAAAUAAUUGCUCACCCCUGGCCUACCUGCUCAUAGACACCAGAGCCUCCCGGCAUCCCCACCACGCCUGGAAUUUGUACAAGGGAUUGUCGGAGCCUUUUCUUUGGGCCCAGCCCCAUCCUGUAGCUUCAUGAGAAGAUCCUGUUGAGCAGUGGGCCCAGCCUGAUCAGCAAAUACACGGGUGGGUGCAGCAGUGCAGCCAGCAGAGAGUAAAUACAGACACCACGGAAACACGGCCCUCUUCCAGAAGGGGCUUGGGCACAUCUGCUCACCCCCACAUGGCCGGGAAAGGGACAGGGUCUUGUCCCUCCUCCUGCCUGCACAUUUUAUAAAUCAAGGCUGCCUUUGCUUCGCCAACAUCCUGAGGGAACCCAGAGCUUUCGUCUGCCAAUGCCAUUGCUGGACACUAGAAAGCCAAGAUGAAGAUCCUGAUGAUCCUGAGUGUGCUCUGUACCAUGCUGACUCUCAUCCAUGCCGUCUGCUUCAUAAUCAAGAAUGAACUGGAGAUCAACACAGAUGGACUCCUGGUUCCCCAGAAGUGCCUGGACCCAUUUGACAAGAGUGAGCAUGCCAUCAGGACCUCAUGGAACUCCAGCUUGUGCAUGAGGUGUAAAUGCUAUGGGGCCACCGUAUCUUGCUGCACCAGGUACAGCAGCAGCAUCUCAACCCCCCCUGGUUGUGAAGCAACACUGGAUGAGCAGCUGUGCGAGUACAAGAUCCACAGAAUCAAUGACCCGGAGGCUCCCUGCGAAGUGUGAAUGAAAGAACCUAUCUGAGUGGCUUUCCUCCAGGGGAGACCCAAUAAAUCCCACAUUUGCU